GAACCACGUUUUUGAGCCGACUCCCGACAAUCCUGCAGCAAAUGCGAGCCCCUGAAUUAUUGAUGAUGUGAACCUUUCGAUGGAACCGAUGGGACACUCCGAUAAUGGGGUCAAGGCACAGACCAUAUUUCGGUUAUGACAUUUUUGGUCAUUAUGCAUAUGCUCGAAAUAAGUCGAGUAAUUGUGGUUCGAAAAGGCUGAAACCCAAAUUGAUCCAUACCUCAAUUAUUAAAUCAUCAAAUAAUUAAAGAUUUAUGUACAUGUUCCCAUACUUAAGCCAUUUCAAGAUAUUUCAAAUAUGUUGCUAUAAAAUUGGAGACAUUAAAAUGCAAUGAAAAAAACUUUUUUAAAAAAUGUAUAUGUAUAUGCUCAUCAAUUUGAUUUGAAGAUAACCCUUUUUCGCAAAUGGUUUUUUCUAGCUUAUCCUUAUCAACUCUUUGUUAUACUGCCUGAUAAGUCAGAAACAGAUUAUUUCAGAUUUCAAUGGGAAUACAAAGGUGCAAUUUUUUAGUUUACAUUAUUUAUGAGCAGUCAAAAUGCUUGCACUGAAGGCCACUCAUCAUAUACUCCUCCUUCUCCUGAUCCUCCUGGUAACAGGCCAAUGUUUUGCCAUUGUUUGCUAUCACUGCGAUUCCAUUGCCCUGCCUGAAUGUUCGCAGACCCUUGGAGAGGUGGGAGUACUUCCCUACCUGGAUUGUCCGACGGAGCUGACGUGUGCCAUGUCCAUUGUGGACACCAUCACAUAUCGCGGCUGCGGAGCUGAAACCCCAAUCACCGGAGCAACUUACUCAAAGAGAUGCUCCUCGAACUUGUGUAAUGCCGGUGUCUAUCCCCCUGGACGGCUCAAGUGCCAUCACUGUGCUGGACAGGAUUGCGUGGCAGCUCCAGGGGCAAAACCAAAACCCUGUCGCUAUCAUCUGGAAGAGGAUCAGUGCUACACGGAUGUUAUAAGUUCAACCGAAGCCUACAGGGGUUGUGUCUCCGAGCAGAAUCACACGCUGUCCAGUGCCGCCAAACUGUGUGAAAUCAAUGGCUGCAAUGAUGAUCAGGGAGCUUGGACACAAAUCUGCGCCAAGUGCGAUUCUGCAGACGGCAGGGGCUGUAAGAUGGAUCUCUUCCAGGUGAACACGGGCAGGUGCAAUGUGAGCCUGUACGAGGAGUGUCAGCAGCAGGUUCUGUUGGGCGAACCAGAGGAUAAGUACUGCUUUAGCUUUCAACUAAGCCGCGUGGUUAGAGGCUGCUCGACGAUAAUGCCUGCAGAUCUAGUACCCUAUGGGGAGGAACUGGAAAAGUGUAGAACUGGAGACAACUGCAAUGCAGGCUGCAUUACUAGGCAGAAGUGUUUGACCUGUAACUCUGUGGAUCAGGAACUUUGCAGGACGAAUGUGACCGCUAUAAGUAACAGCACUUGCGGCUCCGCUGAGGCUUCCUCCUGCUUCACCUGUGAGUACUCCAACUGGAGUAUCCAAAGAGGAUGUGGAGCAGCACCAACAAACCCAGGAAUCCUCAAAUGCUACGAAUGCGACGAAGAAGAUGGAUGUAAUCGUAAGGAUUUCACACGCUGCUACCAAUGCAGCACGGGUCAAGCGGGAGCAGGCUGUGCAAAUUGGGAGAGGCCAGGGGAAAUAUACAUCGAGGAAUGUGUUGAGCCGGGAACAUCGUGUCUGGUUGUUUCCUAUAGAAACGGUACUACUUCAAGGGGUUGUGAAAAAGCGAACUUCAACUGCAAUUCAGAAAAUGCGGCCAACUGCCGUUCCUGCCAAGGAAGCUUCUGCAACAAAGGAGCCUUUCCGGAGGAGCGUCUCUGGUGCCAUCAGUGUGCAGGAGUGCAGGAUUGUGAGGAGAUCUCAAGGGGCCAAACUGCACUACCUUGUCCUGUUCAAGCCAACGAACCAAGCAAUCAAAAAUUGGCCUGUUUGGAGUACUUCGACACCCACAGCCAGCAGAUUGUAAGAGGAUGUCGUUCCAAUCCGGAGCUGUACUAUGAAUGCCUUUUGAGGAGUAACCACCAUGAUAGUUGCCGCAUCUGUCACAGUCAUGCCUGCAAUAAUAGUCCUGGAAAGGAGUUGAGAGCAGGAUAUGAGCUAGAGGCCAAAGCAAUGGCAUUGCUACAGGUCAGAAGUUCCGGAAACUCCUUUAAAGACUCCAAAGUGGGUUGCGGGUUUUGGUUGAUCCUAAGCGUUAUUUAUAUGUUAACUUUCUGAGGCUACAAGAAAAAUAAAUACUUGUCACAAGAUUCAUUACAAUCCGCCAAUGAUAUCCAAGUGGUUGUUCUUUAGCGUUAUUUAUCUUGUAACUUGCGGAGACUAUAAA